AUGUUCGGGGACUUGGAUGUGAUCAUGCCAUUCAUCUCAGCCUUUGAAGAAUGGGGUGACUACAGGAAGCAUUGUUUAUCUCAUCAUUGGUUUGAGAUGAGUUGUCUGAGGAUGACCUUCUCAGACUCAGAAACUUUUCCAAACAAAAAUCUGGGAUCCAAAGUUACAACCGUUUCCUGGAUAUUCCAUCAGCAAGCAUGUUGUACUGUUGUUGCUUCUUCACAGCUCACAGAGAGCGGAGAGCAGAGACUGGAGCCCCCUCAGGAAGGACUGCGUGCCAGUGGGCAACACUAUCAUCAGAACACUUCCAUUGAGACCUCUGGGAAAGGACCCUAUUCCUUAAAAAUCCAGAACACCACGGGCUGCAGCUCAGGCACAUACAGGUGCACUCUGCAGGACCUGGGAGAGCAGAAAAACCUCAGUGGCACGGUGCUUCUGAAAGUGACAGGAUGUCCCAAGUUACCUGAAGAAUCAACUUUUAGGAAAUACAGAGCUGAGAUUGUGCUGCUCUUCUCUCUGGUCAUUUUUUACUUGACACUCAUCAUUUUCACUUGUAAGUUUGCACGACUACAGAGUAUUUUCCCAGAUAUUUCUAAACCUGGUAUGGAACAAGCUUUUCUUCCAGUCACCUCCCCAAAUAAACAUUUGGGGCCUGUGACUCUUCCCAAGAUAGAAACAGUGUGAACAGGAUUUCUGUUGUUUUCUCGGGAAAGCGAGGGCUCAGUGGUAUGCCUGAAUACCACCUUCGACAUGAGAAGAUUGAGCCCCACACCGAAGAUGGCAUCCUUCCUGCGAAGUCCUUCACUUGACUGCAAACACCUGAGAGUGAUUCCACUCACUUUCUGCCAGCAGGGUCUGGAAAACCAUUCCAUGAUCAUAUUGCAUGGGGCCAUCACUAACUUCUCAUGGCUACCGUCUUAGUGUUUUAUGCAGCUAUCUGGUCAACCUCUUGGACACUUUUUCAGUCAUAAAAGCUACGGGGAGAGGUAGUGGGAGAAGGGUUUUUGGGAAAUUUGAAUACCUAAAUCUGGCCCAAUGACAGAUUCCUGAGGACAGCUGUCUUCUUCUACAUCUGGGAAACAUCACUUUGUUUUUUGCUGUGUUUUAGUGCACCCACCCAGAUGUUUCACAUCUGGGAGAAACUGAUAGUCCAAGCUGUGAGACAGUGGGAAAUAUUUAGCAAAUAUUUUCCUGAUGUGAAUUCUGUGCUAUUACUAAAGGAGUAUUACGUGUACAUAGAAAUAAAAGGUCAAUGAACUGUUCCCCGGUAGGGCCUUUUAUCUAGCAAAGACAUCCAUAUAAAAGCAAUAAAGAAGAAUGCCACGUUUAUUUUUAUAUCUACAUAAACUUGUCAAAGAAGGAUUUGUGUUUCUCUUCUCAUGAAGCCUAUUUCUAGUUAGUGAGUAUUGCUAACUGACAAGCAACUUGAGUAUGGAGUGAGAAAUCAGAGAGAAGAGCACAGGAUAGAGCAUUGUAUUGUGUGACCUGCUGGAAAUGGUGGACCAAUCAUGUCAUCUGGCUUCAAGCCACAGUUGUCCUAGCCUAGAUGUUAGAUCUUGGGCAAAUUCCUUGUGAUUUCCACUUUCUCAGUUGUAAACAAGAAAUCUAUUGUAUGGGUUCAUUGAAGGAAUGUAUGUGACAAUGAUUUGAAAAAGCAUAACAUACCAUACAGCAUCAAAACUCCAUUGGGUCAUUAUCUCUGCUAUUGCAAUAGGGUUCUAUGGAUGAGAGACUACCUUUCCUAUCUCUCAUUUUCUAUCAUUUCAAAUAAAGAAGACUAUAAAAAAGGA